CACAAAAAAAAAAAAAAAAAAAAAAAAAGAAAAAGGAAAAAGAGUGGGACUGGUAGUUUUACUUUUUCCGAGCUUCUUUCCUUUAACGAUAAAGUUGCAGAGUCGGAUGACAAUAAAACCAUAAGCAGAAGAAGCAGUAGUGAAACAACACCAACCAAAUCAAUCAAAAACUCAAAUAGCACCAAAAAAAUCAUUUUACUCUAAGAGGGUUUUGAAGCGACCACUGGUGGGAUUAGUUGACUCGCCCUCACUCGAAUUUUCACUCACACGCCAUGCCUCACCUCUUGCACGAACAGCCACUGUUAAUCAAUUCCGACGAUGACCAGAGAGAGACCGCUUAUGACUCGGACGAGAAGGUACACAUCGUCGGCGUCGAAGAAACCGACGCCGAUGAUUACCGAACGCCGCCGUUUUCUUGGAAGAAGCUCUGGCUCUUCACGGGUCCUGGGUUCUUGAUGAGCAUCGCUUUCCUUGAUCCUGGAAACCUGGAGGGUGAUCUCCAAUCAGGUGCCAUUGCUGGGUACUCACUGUUGUGGCUGCUACUUUGGGCCACGGCUAUGGGUCUCCUCGUUCAGCUUCUGUCGGCUCGGCUCGGCGUGGCUACUGGGCGCCACUUGGCCGAGCUUUGCAGGGAUGAAUACCCCAGAUGGGCUCGAUUGGUGCUGUGGGUUAUGGCGGAGUUGGCUCUGAUAGGUGCUGAUAUACAGGAGGUAAUUGGGAGUGCUAUUGCCCUUAAGAUUUUGACUAAUGGGAUUUUGCCUCUUUGGGCUGGGGUUAUCAUAACGGCUUUGGAUUGUUUUAUCUUCCUGUUUCUUGAGAAUUAUGGUGUGAGGAAAUUGGAAGCAGUUUUUGCAGUUCUAAUUGCAAUAAUGGCAGUCUCAUUUGCAUGGAUGUUUGGUGAAACUAAGCCUAAUGGAACAGAACUUCUUUUAGGUAUUUUGGUUCCAAAACUUAGCUCCAGAACAAUAAGGCAGGCUGUUGGAGUUGUAGGUUGCAUUAUCAUGCCUCACAAUGUAUUCCUGCACUCUGCUCUUGUACAAUCAAGGGAUAUCGAUAACACCAAGAGAGGCAGAGUCCAGGAAGCUCUAAAUUACUAUAGCAUAGAGUCCACUCUUGCCCUAAUAGUCUCCUUCAUUAUCAAUUUAUUUGUCACAACCGUUUUUGCCAAAGGGUUUUAUGGUACAGAACUGGCUGAUAGUAUUGGCCUUGUGAAUGCUGGGCAGUAUCUUCAAGAUAAAUAUGGGGGAGGGUUGUUUCCCAUUUUAUACAUCUGGGGUAUUGGGUUAUUAGCAGCUGGCCAGAGUAGCACCAUUACAGGAACUUAUGCUGGGCAGUUUAUCAUGGGAGGUUUCCUAGAUAUGAGGUUGAAAAAAUGGAUGAGAGCAUUGAUCACUCGAAGCUUCGCAAUUGUUCCAACUAUAAUUGUUGCUCUUGUGUUUGAUACCUCGGAGUCCUCACUGGAUAUUUUGAACGAGUGGCUUAAUGUGCUUCAGUCGAUUCAAAUCCCUUUUGCACUUAUUCCCCUGCUUUGUUUGGUGUCAAAGGAGCAGGUGAUGGGAACUUUCAGAAUUGGCUCUAUACUCAAGACAGUUUCCUGGAUUGUGGCUGGCCUGGUGAUGAUCAUCAACGGGUAUCUUUUGGUUGAUUUCUUUUCCACUGAAGCGCAAGGAGUGGUGUUUGGCAGUGUAGUCUGCGCUUUCACUGCUGCAUAUGUUGCAUUCAUAGUUUACCUUGUUUCUCGUGUCUUCAACUUUUCUUCAAACUGGUUCGGUCAGAAGAGGCCUACAGAUGCAGUAAACUAAAUUACCAUCUUCAUUGCCCUGUCCUGCUGCUAGAAAAUCAAAACCUGCAGCAUUAGCAAUUGCCAACAGUUGAAUGGCUGAACAGCGCAAUUUUUAAGUGUACGGCUAUAUAGAUCUAUUUGUGUACAAAAGUGUAACUCACUAGUAAGAUGUUGUUUCUGUAUGGUAAAGAGCUCGUUUAUUUGAUUUCUGUUGUACAUGGAGCCAAGGGAAACAAGGCUAGGAAGCAGUCUCUGUAUGCUUUUGAAAACCUGAUCGCAUAAUGCUGUAGCUACACUGAUCGAUUAGCAGCUAACAACAUGAUCAAAAUUAACAAUUUAGACUUGGGCAAUAUAAAUUGGAAUUUUUCUUCAA